AUGUCCUGGUUUGACUUAGCAGUUAGAAAACUGGGCUUCCCGACCAUUGAGUUGUUUGUGAAGGCGGGAAGUGAUGGGGAGAGCAUCGGCAACUGUCCAUUCUCCCAGAGACUCUUCAUGAUCCUGUGGCUGAAAGGAGUCAUCUUCAACGUCACCACUGUCGACCUCAAACGGAAGCCGGCUGACCUCCAGGACCUUGCUCCAGGAACCAACCCUCCUUUUGUGACCUUUAACGGAGAGGUCAAGGUCGACGUCAACAUGAUAGAGGAGUUCUUGGAGGCAAAGCUGACUCCACCAAGCUACCCCAGACUGGCUCCGAAACACCGUGAGGCCAACACAGCCGGGAUCGACGUGUUUGCCAAGUUCUCAGCUUACAUCAAAAACCCGAGAAAAGACACCAACGACGCAUUAGAGAAAGCCUUGCUGAAGUCUCUUUACCGUCUCGAUGACUUUCUGCGGACCCCCCUGUCUGAUGAGAUUGAUGCGUACGCCUCAGGCGACCUGCCCGAGUCCUCCAGGAGCUUCCUAGAUGGGUCUGACCUCACUCUGGCCGACUGCAACCUUCUGCCUAAACUACACAUCCUGAAGGUCGUAGCAAAGAAAUACCGAGGCUUUGAGAUCCCGGUAGAGAUGACGGGAGUGUGGAGGUAUUUAAACUGCGCCUAUCAGAGGGAGGAGUUCACCAGCACGUGUCCAGCAGAGAGGGAGAUCGAGUUCGCCUACCUGGAUGUGGCAAAACGAAUCAAAUGAGCAAAGUAAGAGAUAAAAGACGUAGAAGAAAAACACAACAGAAGAA